UUGAUUGGUGUGUGUGUGUGUGUGUGUGUCUGUCUGGGAGGGGGGGCGUUAAUCUCCAAAAUUUUUAAAGUACAAGUUGCAGUAUAUGUAUGUUCUCGUGGCAGAUACAGCUAUCGGCUCUGUGUUUGGUCGAAAAGUCAGACUCGGCUAGCCUCUCUGCAACAUUUUACUCUGUUUGAAGUAUUUUACUAUGUUAGUGAUACAGAAUUCUACCUGACAACAGCAAUGAACUUAAUUCUGAUUCUUUCCACCAAGGAGGGCAACGGUUUCAAGCCUCCUUUGAUCAUGACAUUAUGUCUUUUAUACGCUGGUUUGAUAUCACGGUAUUGCCAGCCAGGAGUCGAGACGACAUUCAAUCAUACACACAGAACCUCAAACGGAGUGGUGUUCUACUGUCAACACAAAUCACUUUUUUUCCCCCCUCAAAUUUCUGAGGAGGCGCUGCCUCCCCUGAUGAGCUGCUACUGAUGAGUUGUUAAGGUCAUUCGGGCAUAAGCAGCUAUAAGUGUUCGUCACAACCACCUCAGCUCAGGCAGAGGGGAUUAAGGAUGGAUCUUGGGAAGGCAAAGCUGCUUAAGACGGGCGUCAACACUCUACACCAAGCCAUUCACCCCGUGCACGGGAUAGCAUGGACGGACGGCAAGCAGGUCUGCCUGACAUCUCUCUACUUCAUCAACGGUGAGGUGAAGUUCGGGGACACCAACGUCAUCGGGCAGUUUGAGCAUGUCUUCGGGCUCUUCUGGGGCCCGCUGUGCUGCUCGGACUCCCCUGCCUUGCUGGCCGUUCAGCACAAGAAACAUGUCACUGUGUGGCAGCUGCAGCUCAGUGCGCUCGAGCAGAACAAGCUGCUGUGCACUCAGACCUGUGAGAUGAGCGAGCCUUUCCCCUUGCUCUCGCAGGGCUGUGUGUGGCAUCCUAAACUGGACAUUCUGGCUGUGCUGACCAAGAGGGACGCAUCAGUGCUGUUUUCUGUCAGGGUGGACAACAGGAGAAUCAAAGCGGACAUCAAAGGCAGUGGACUCAUCCACUGUGCAUGCUGGACUAAGGAUGGUACCCGUCUGGUGGUGGCUAUAGGCAGUGCUCUGCACUCAUACACCUGGAAUGACAUCCAGAAGAGUCUGGUGGCCUGCUCCUUCUGCCCCAUCUUCGAUGUGGGAGGCAACAUAUGUGCCAUUGAGGCCACAGGGGAGGCGCAAGUAGCUGUGGCCACAGAGCUACCUCUGGACAAAAUCUGUGGGUUGAAUGCAGCCAUGGCGUUCGACGUGCCGCCAGAGAUGGGGUCCCCACAAGGCCAAGGCCCGCAUGAGGUCAGGUUCGAUGAUGACAGCCUUCUGGAAUCAAGAAGGAGAUCCUUUGAUUCAGAGAGGUCCUACAUCCCCAGCUCAGGCCCGAUGGAUCUCACCCACCUCCUGUCUAGGCACCGUCGCUCUGACCCCAGCCCACUUAUCCACCUGCGGCGCCGAGACACCUUGACAGGCUCUGGACAGGACUCCUCACACCUCAUCCUGGUCACAUAUGAGCGCAAAGUCACCACCACUCGCAAAGUCAGCAUCCCUGGAAUCCUUGUUCCAGACAUUGUUGCUUUCGACCCGCGCGGCUCCACUGUUGCAGUGGCUUCCAACACCUAUAACAUGGUGCUUGUGUACUGCAUCACGGCCUCGGCAAUGCCGAACAUUCAGCAGAUCUCUCUGCAGACGACUGAGAGGCCUAAAGGAAUCUGCUUCCUCAGUGACAAGAUGCUGCUGGUGAUGGUGGGUAGGCAGAAGUCCAGUGACCCUGCAUUCCUCGCAUCUUCCAACACAGACAAAUAUAUUCUCCAUCUCAUGCCCAAAGAGUUGAUGCUCAACGGAGAGACUCCGAUCACACCACCCCACUCUACUCACAACCAUGAGUCCACUGCUAAUUUCUGCGCAGGGAUUAGGAGGCACUCUGAGCACCUAUCUAAGAAUGACCGAGAGUGCCCAGGGAUAAAGGACUUGGUGUUGCCUGGAGGGGGAGGUGUUCGGUCACCAGCCAACAGGAGGCUGGUGGAGGAGGUGAGGAGCGGCGAGCCCAGCCCCGUCACCAGCUCCGUGGACUUCUCCGACCGAGCAUCAGACAGAGCCCCCUCCAGUGCCUCCUCCAUCACUGUGGAGAAUUUCGACAUGGACCACGUCAACCGCAUGACCAGCCUGGCGGUGGCUGGCCAGGCCAGCAGAGACUCCAGCCGGGCCAGCUCCCCUCGCCUCGAGCCGUCGGACAAGCUCCACUCCGAGGCGACGCUGCCGAUGCCUGAAAAGUUAUCGAGCCCUGCCAAGGAGCGCGCGUUGGAGCAGCUCGUCCACAACAUGGAGAGGCUUUUUACUCGCUUUGCAGACGUACAGCAGUGCCUGACCGAAAUCAGAGAUCAUACCCAGAACGGCAAGAAGGCCCCGAGUGUCUACCCCAGCGCCUCUGAGCCCCCCUACGUCAAUGUCACAUGUCAGAAGCAGUUAUCAGAAAAUGUGUUCAUUGAUGAGCGGAGGCCAGUGCUGCUGUGUGACGGGAGGCUUUGUCUGCGCGCCCUUCAAGAGCUCUUCAGCCUAACUAUAGUGGAGAUGAUGUACGGUCCACUGUGGAUUGUACUGGUGGCAGAUGCCGACGGCUUUGUGCCCCUGUCGUUCAAGCCCAAGGAGGAGCUCACAGUGCGUAACGGGAAGCGGAAAACUAACCUGCGGACUCCUGGUAGUCCAGACACCUCGUGCCCAUCCAGUCCAGCCCCCGACCAAAAGACCAGCACAACCACAGAGGGCUCAAUGUAGUGCCUCUUUACACACGGCGACAACAGUCUAAGGACUUGCACCAUCAUCUCCGUUAUUUAGAUAUCAUUUGCUUGAUCUGAGUGCAGAAUGCAAAUGUGGCACAAACAUGCAGAAAAGUUACAUUUAAAGAGUUAUAUGUCAAAUUUAUUUUUGUAUGUGAAAACAAUGGAGAUUUGAAAAGGGCUCCCUAUUGAGAUGUAAUGUUUACAAGUUGCUGCUUUGAAAUGGAAGCUUACCCGAAAGAAGUUUGAGCACUUCUCACGUUAUUUAUUUUCUUUCUGUCAUUCAUUUUUUUUGAUUUUGAAAUAAAAUGCAGUGCUGUUGAAGCAGGACACCUACUGUGCUGGGUUGGCCACCUCCACUUGAUUACUGUUUGUUUAAGAGAUUUUUAAGACAUGUUUGAUCGGACUGUCCAGGUAUCCCGACACAAGAAACCAACAUAGGCUAAUGUAUAAUGUAAUUAUUGUAAUUUUUUUCUAAUUGUUGUUACUGGAGAACGAUAGAUACGCCUAUACUUCUGUCUCUGGAUUAGAUAUUACGCACUGAAUAGUCCCAUUCAAAUUUUACAAUUGAAUUUACAAACCCUCUCUCUGAGGUGUUUUUUCUCGUUGUUAUUAAAUGCAGUAAUUGAACUGACCACUAGGGGGGGCUCAACAAAAACAGUUGUACAGCGUUGUCAUGAAAGACAAGAUAAUACACAGAAUCGUAUCUUGCAAAGAAAUAUUUUGGUAGCCUUGUGAAUAUUAAAUUUGUAUAACUAG